UGGCAGCGCCGAGGGUUCGUUGAAGCGAACACCGACCUCGUUCCAUUGUUCGCGUCGCCUGCUCCGCGAGGACUUAACCUUACAGGAAACCUCAUGACCAACGUUUGAGCCGCAGCCAGCCAAACAGCCGUACGUGGUGGCAUCGAGGUAUAAUUACCAUAAGUACCGGCGGAAGCAGUUUGGUGUGUCUAUUCCUGGAGCAGAGCGUCUUUUCUCCUGUUCUCCGCCAUGAAGAUUAUUCGGGAGAUCUUAUUUGGUCCCGCACACAGCAGGAUAGUCUUCAACUUGGGAGUUUUGUCUGGGCUGUUGGCUCUCGUGGACUUCGUAAUGUCAGUGCUGUACGUGAGGAGUCGUCGAGCCCUGGAAAUGGACGAGUCUGAUUACGUGGUUCGAGCAUUCGAAGCGCUGUACAUGACCUCGGCUUACCUCAGCAUUCUGCAGUUCGCAUCCUGCAUGUUGUUCGUGUACGGAUCUCUGGCGAACAAGCCUCGCUGGUUCAUGCCGUGGCUGCUGGUCUACACGGCUUCCUUCCUGUUCUACCUGGGCGUGUUCGGCGGUGCGUCUUUGGCCAUGUACCUGGGCGGCCAAGCGCCCACCAGCUUCGAGGUGCUGCUGCGCUGCGUCAUAUCGGCAUUUCUGAACGUGUACUUCCUGCUGACGUGCUUCUGCGUGAUGCCGCGCAUGGACGAGACCAAGGACAGCGGGGACCCGAGGUGCUACUACGACUGCAUGCUGGACACGGCGUGAGGAGACCAGGGGCAUCGCCAACUCCGCACUCCCCGACACGAGCACCAGCCACGGGGGUCUUCCUGAUGAUCUCAACACUUCCUGACACCUAGGGCCGUAUUCCAAGACACAAAAAUAAGGGUUUAGGUGUUGAAUAUGCAAUACCUGUACCCUAACCAUAUUCCAAGUGCAAGAUAGGACACGGCCAGUCCCUCAUUUUUAGUUCACUAAUUUUUGGUGUCCUAUCUGUUUCCGAUUUGAUCCAUAACUGUAUAUAUAUAUAUAUUUUUUUCUUUUUAAUGAACUUUAACGGAACUUUUACUAUUACAACUUCCCCCCCCCCCCCUUUAUUUCUUAAAAAAAAAACAGCAAACAUAAAUACGGCCAAAAAUUCAUCGUUUAUUCUUGUACAACCAAAAUUAAAUAUAUUAUUUCACAUUAUAAUUCCAUAGUUUUAAAAAAAUCAGCUAAAAUUACGAUGAAUUCCACGAAGUACAACUGUUUAUAGCCUCGCACAAGUCCUCGUUUAUUAAAACGGCUGCCGAUCUGAUACCUUACAGGGGUUCAGUUAUUUGGAUUAUGACCCGAGUGUUAGGGUACGGCAGUUGCCCAACAAGGCAGUGCAUAUUCGCUACCUUACUCAAACGUCUUGGAAUACCGCCCCUAGAGGCCAGAAAUCACACGCCUCUUGACCUGUUUCGUUUCCUCAUCGUGACUAGAGAAACUGUGUUGCUAGUUGAAACACAAGUUGGUGAACUCUGCGUAAAGUACUUCAUUCAGGCUCUUACCGAGUUGAUGGUCAAGCCACCAAAAUUUUACACUUAAAAAAAAAAUAAGACAACGCCGAAAUGUGGCUGUUAAAACCGCAGCAAAGGGUGUUUUUUUCUUGUGACUUGUGUUUAUUAUGAUAAAAAUUUCUGUAAAUAUUAAAUAAAAAAUUAUUUAUUUUGAAUGCCAAA